AUGCAUGAAAACAGAGGGAGUGUUCUGAGGAAGCCGUGGCAGACGUGGACCAUUUCGAAAGCUGGCAAAGAGAAGGUCGAUAGAGAUCGUUUGGUGAAUGGAGCAACUGGAUGUGAAAUCUACCACAUUUCGAUGAACUACGAUAAGUCUCACCCCUUCAAUAAAAUGUUAUCCGGCAAAUGCAAAAGUUCCAGUCGAAUGGAUUCGAAAAUUCGGACUUCUCGAUCAACGGCCGUAAUCGGAGCUGUAGUCACCAUUGGGUUUGCCUUCUAUGUGCUUGGGCAAAACUUAUAUGAUUCUUUCUUCUAUAAGCCCCACGUAGAGAAGCAAAUCACAUUGCUUCAAGAUGCAAUGUUAAAAAUGCAAAAGGCUGAAAAUUUAACAAUCGCAGACAUCGAGGAGUUGAGCGACUUAUUCUCGGCUGCACAAUGGGCGGAAAUAAGAUCUACAAUUUUCGAAACUUCGAAACUCGAAAAAAUAAUGAAUAUUUGCUACGAGUGCGAGGAAAUUCACAGUAGGAAUUUGUGUUAUGAAGUAGAAAGAACAAUGAGGAUUGAGGAAGGAAUCAGAAGAUAG